GUGCUACUUGAGAGAUUACGUGAGAUAAGAAGUGCCAAAUAAGCUCUCUCUUCUUUAGUAGUCUUUGAUCGGCUUUGUGGAAGCUUUCAGUUCUUGAUCAGGAAUUAGUCUGAAGGAGCACUUACCCUCGUUAGGGCAAGAUGACUCCAUCCCUGAUCACACUGACGUGCUUAGCGGUCCUUCUCCAAAAGGGGGUGCUAGGGGAUGUAUCCUCUGGGUCAGAGAGGCUGAGCGCCGUUCGUGCGACUGACGAACUAGCUGCUGCCCUCAGGGAGAUCUCUGAAGCUAUAACCAGCACUGCGAGAACAUGCAGUAGAGCGGAAGCACCCAGAGGGAAGAGCGUAUUUGGUGUUGAGACCGAACUGAUUACACAGACUCUCCGGCAGAACAGUGACGCAGUUUCGUCCUUACUGGCACAGACGGAGACCUUGAAACUAGCCAUGACCUCCGUGGCGGAGGUGCAGAGCGCCCAGCAACAGAUGGUCGCCGCCCUGAGGUCGGAGCUGGAGUCGGAGAAGAUGGCCAAGAGGAACCUGAGACGCUCCGUCCAUGACCUCAGGUCAGAGCUGCACACGGUCAAGGAGGAGAGCAAGGCCUGGAGAGAGCACCUGGCUCGGCUGGAAAGUGAAAUCAAAGCUGGCCUUCAGAAAUCAGAACUGGCCGCCCAGGAGGCGACCAUCGAAGUCAAGAGUACUGGAGAAAGAGUCAACAGUUUAGGAGAAGUCAUUCGGCAAGUCCAAGGGAGUCUGCAAGGCCUAGAGAAGACGGUCACUAGGCAUACCUCAAAUAUCAUCGCUUUGAGAAAAACCAAAGGCAAGGGCGUCCGUCCAUCUGAAAAAACAGACAGAUCGGAAGAAACCGCAGUAGACAGUUCGUUAGAGCGACCAGAUGAAAACCUACAUUGUCCUCAUCCCUACACGCGCAUAGGCCUAGGGUGCUUCACCAUCCACAGCACUCAGCGCUACACGUGGGAACGGGCUAGACAGCAUUGCGAGGAAUUCAACGGAGAUCUUGCCAACCCUUACGACCUCUAUGACAUUGUUCUCUUCUUGGACGAGACCUUCCCAGAUUUUCCUCUCUCUCAGAAUCUGUGUAUUCGACCUCAGGAAGUUGGGGUUUCUGGGUCGGAGCCACUCUCAAGGAUGACAAGAAGUGGUACUGGGUAUCUGGGGUCCCCGUCGACGUCCAGGUCGACUUCUGGGGUCGAGGAGAACCGGGAGAUCCGCUGGAGAACGACGAGAGGUGCCUCUUCUUGCACAGUUGGUGGAGGUUCCGCGCCGGUGCCGAUUCCUGCGACACCGAGAAGUAUUUCAUAUGCGAGCAGAAAUCUACUGCAUCUAAUUGAUGUCCCUUGGAAAUAUAGAUUCUAAAAAACAAUG